GCAUGGCAACCCCCAACGCCAGUGAUCGAUAGCUAUACCCGCUAUCUCGAUUAUUUUCACUCACAUCGCCUUUAUCUUCGAUUCUUUAACAUUACACUAGGAUCAUAAGACGCAAUCUUCAAUCUCAUUCAUUUCGUGAACGCAGUUUGCCAGAUUACUCCGCGUGAGAGUCCAAAAGAAGAGAAAACUGUGUCUUGCAAGAAUGACGACCCUGUAAUCUUCUUUGCGCCUGCGUUAGUCAACCGAGACGAAAGGAAGAAUCACAUCGUACACUUUGGGAUCUAAGCUACUAACACCCAGAGUCAUGAAAAAUUGGUCAUUUAUAAUAGUUCUGGUCGUCGCCGGCAGCUGCUAUGCCGCUUCUGUAGCCAAGAGUAAGCCACUCUCAUCAGUGUCGAGGUUCGAAUGGAAACACCAUAACAAUAAGGAACUCGAGGACGUCCUCCGAAAUGUGACCAAGAGGUGCCCCGAAGUGACCAGACUCUACGCCCUCAGUAAACCCUCCGUCAGGAAUGUUCCCCUCUGGGUCAUCGAGUUCUCAUCAAAUCCCGGAAACCAUGAAUUGCUGAAGCCAGAAUUCAAGUACGUGGCCAACAUGCACGGGAACGAGGUGGUCGGCCGAGAGCUGCUCCUCGGCCUGGCUGAUUCCCUCUGCACCGCCUGGCUCGAGAAGGACAAGGACGUCCGGAAGCUGAUCUCCUCCACCAGGAUCCACCUCCUGCCUUCUCUCAAUCCAGAUGGGUGGCAGCUAGCAACAGAGACGGGAGGCAACGACUACCUCACAGGCCGAGCCAACAACAACAGCGUCGACCUGAACCGCGACUUCCCCGACCUGGACCGGAUCAUGUACAGCAACGAGAUCCGACACGUUCAGCACAACAACCAUUUGAUGGACCACUUCCGGGCCCUGGACCACCAGCCUCAGCCCGAGACGUGGGCCGCCAUGGAGUGGAUUAUGAACAUUCCCUUCGUCCUCUCUGCCAACUACCAUGGAGGUGACCUGGUGGCUAACUACCCCUACGACGCCUCCAGGUCGGGCGCCGCCCAAGAGUACGCAAGGAGUCCUGACGAUGAUACGUUCAAACAUCUGGCACAAGUCUACGCCGACAGGCAUCCCCGGAUGUCAGACCCAAAGAGGCCUCCCUGCACUCCCGGGGAUUACUCCUUCGGCCAGGAUGGAGGAGUCACCAACGGCGCAGCCUGGUACAGUGUGCGAGGUGGUAUGCAGGACUUCAAUUACCUGUCCUCGAAUGACAUGGAAAUCACCCUGGAGGUAGGCUGCGACAAAUACCCACCUGGAAGCGCUCUUGAGCAGGAAUGGCUCGACAACAAACAUGCAAUGAUGGAGUUCAUGUGGCAGAUUCACACAGGAGUGAAGGGCGUGGUACGCGACUCGCAGACUGGACAGGGCAUCCCAAACGCCCUCAUACACGUCAAGAACAUGACGAGGAUAAACGACACCCACACCCGCGAUGAUCACAUCUACCAUGACGUUACCUCAGUGCACGAAGGGGACUACUGGCGCCUCCUGGUCCCUGGCGAGUAUGAAGUGACGGCCUCUGCCGAAGGGUACAUGCCCCUCACCCACGAGGUCACCGUCACCAACCCCCUCCACUCAGAGGCCAUCAGGAGGGACUUCGACCUCACGCCAAUUCCCGAGGAACCAUUCAUGCCUCAGCCUAUGGGCAGUGAAGACUACGAGGAAUACCCUAAGGGACAGGAGGAGCUUCCCUUGGCAGAGGAGCUGCUAGGCCGCUUACAAGGGCUCGGUCGCAUUCCUUUCUAAGUAACUGUUACCGAUGUGGAAAACAGCAGAUUCAUUUGCAAGGAACAAAAGUCACAAUGAAAUCUCGACUCCGUUAUUCGUCUUGGUCAAGUCAAUUAUGGGAACACGCUGAGUUAUUGCUUAUUAGAUUCAUAUCAUUAUCAUUACACAUGAAAAGCCAGGUUAAGAUUUCAAUAAACAGUACUACAUGCUCGAAAGAAAGAAUAUAAAAGAAUAAUAAAUUAAUCUUAGUUGCUCAAACAAAAUACGUGAAAAUAUCACACACGUUAUUAUACAAAAUAAUCCAUUGACAAAAGCGGUCAACGAAAUGCAUUAAAUCAUAUUCACCAGCAACAGAAAACUGGCAGUGUUAUCAUGAACGAUUACUUGACAACAAAUCAGUACAACUGCGUGAAACGGUCACAAAUGUCUUUAUUAAUAUGUAGGCUACCACGAGUUAAGUCUGAAGAUUCAUUUUAAAAUGUAGCAGCUGUGUCAGCAAACCAUAAACUAAAAUUCUAUUUCAUGUCUUCACGAGUAUUAUCACAGCAUUUAUAAAAAGCUUCUGACCAAACACAGGACAUGCAGUUAAUAAUAAAUUUCCCUAUAGAGUAUAGAAGCCAAUAAAACUAGAUAUAGUCAGUAUUUAUCGUAAAAUAAAAGUACAAUAAUGUAAAAUCCCAUGUAUACCUUGCUGUCAAUCAUAUAUAUAUUAUAUAUAUACUGUAUAUCAAAGUUGUGUGGCUGGGUCGUAGAGGGGAGGGGGGGGGGGGGUUAUGGCGAGACGCUAUGGCACAGGAGCAUGUUUUCAGUCAGUCAAGGUUUAGCAUUUCGCCAUCAAAAUUCGAACCAAGAAGCCUUUAUUUAUAGACAGAAGUAUGUUUCAGUUGUCGUAAGUUUACAAACAUACGGGACUUUUAGAGUUUCCCACCAAUUUGAGCUACUUGGUGACGAAGUUUGGUGACGCGACGCUCAGAAUGACAGAAAACUCGCUCGUGUGAUGUGACUUCUAUAAACAGCAUCCACCAGCGCCCGUAGAAUAAGAGUAAGACCAAGGACGCUGAACAAAGAGUACCAUAUAUCAAUAUUCUCCGAGUAGAGUUCUAGAAAUCACUGUAGAGUUAAAUCAUGUUAUUUUCAAGUCUUUUCCCCUCAAUUCUUAUUUCACAUUAAAUAUAAUCUUAAUGACUUCUUGUAUGAGAAUUUUAGGACGAUUACAUAGCUCUAUUUUCAUCUUUCUAUAAUGAUGAUUCGUUUCUUCAUGACUUUUCAUCAUAUUAUUCAAGAGUUCUAUAAACAAGUAAAGAUUACUUUCUUCGUAAUGUUGAAUCUAUUGACUAUAAUACCAAUUGUUGUGUCAGCUACUUUAAGCUCUCAAUUUGUACUGUCUUUCAAGUCCUGGCGCAUUUCGUCUCUGUCUGCACACUGGACUGAUCUCUUUUGACUUCAACUGCUCCAUGUUUGUCCUUCUUUACGCAUUUUAAUAAACCAAAGAACAAUUUUACCAUAAGCUUAAACUGAAAGUCUUCACUGACAAUGUAUAUAUGAAACUGUACACAGAGUAAUAUAUUGUAUUAAAAUAAGCAUAAUAAAUCUAUACGAAUUGUCUAGACUUCUUUCAUAAGAGUCUCACUAGUUUUGAGAGCGCAAUAUUUAGAGUCUUAAAUGGAAACCAAUAACUUUCACACUAACUACAAGUUUUUAUUUUUCUCUUUUUUUUAAACCAGAAGUAAAGUUUUCUAUAUUGCAGAAAACAAAAUUAAUAUUACUAUUAUCUGCAAAUAUCAUUAUUAGCAAAGCUGCCAUCAUGUGGAUCAAAUCAGCUGACAAUAACAGUAUUUCCGAAAAGGUCGCGAAUUCUCUUAUGUAAAGUACUUUUUAAACAUUUCAGUAACGAUAUCCUUUAUACACCCACACACACAUACACACUCCUGCUGAGUAAACACUCAAGCCUCAACCCCAGUACAUUUAUUUAUUCAUUUUGUCCCAAGAACAGAUCUGUAGCCAAAAAAUGUAGCGUGGGUACACAUUUUUGAGAAUCUUGUUCUAACCCCUGUAUACUCUUUCUUUGCUUGAAGAGCGACGAGCAACAUUUUUCCUGAUCAACGCACAAAGACGAAACAAUAAACAACUGUUGUCUCUCGAAGCAAUAGAUGUGUUCGCGUCCGCAAAAAUAGCUCAGGCUUUUCACUCUUGCUGUCCGACGUCAAGUCAAUCUCUCUCUCUCUCUCUCUCUCUCUCUCUCUCUCUCUCUCUCUCUCUCUCUCUCUCUCAUUCGAACAUUAACUUUUACCCGAAUUACAAACUUCAUCAACCACACAUUUCAUGCUCAGUUACACACACAACUGGGUUAGAACACACAAUGACUGCUAAGAAUUGACAAACGCUCGCCCUUCCACUAUCUACUAGAUAUUUCAAGCAAAUUAUUCUUUGGAGCACUCAACUUUAUAUGGCCUUUCUCACAUACACAAGCUUUAAUAUAUAUUAUUAUCAUUAAUAAUAAUUUACAAACCAUUGUCACUAUCAAGCUUACCCAAAGCCAAAGUGCAGCUCUCCCAAACUAAUAAUGGAACCAAAGAAAAAUGUAUCACCGAUACGUGAAGGUUCCUCAGGCUUUGUUUGAUAGGAGCCACUCGAUUCAUCUUUGGCACCGCGCGAUGGCCAUCAGUAUUCAAAUGGAAUAUUCUCAACUUUAACCUUUCAGCUAUUCUGGCUCUUGAAUGAAACUGAAAUUAUUUUAUUCAGUAUUUCAAACACAAACUUCUGAGAGCAGCCGCAAAUUGUGAACGCACUCCGACGCCAAAAUGAUUAAUAUAAAUUUUAAAUAUACAGCCUUCUCCAACUGGUUUGAAAUAUUAUAAUAUUAAUAUUUUUUUAAAAAUUUUAAACAUUCAUUCAGUAGAAAGUCAUAUAUUUAUAAAGGCAUCCACGCAUUUAAAAAAUAACAACAGAUAUCAUGACAUUAUCAUUCACUCCUUGACUCGGAAACUGGUCACGGGCUAAAGCAAUGUCUCCAAUAUGUUCAUUACUAAAUGCUACACAUUUAAAGCAAAGCACUGGGUAUUCAAGCAUAAUACUUCUAAUAUUUCACUAUGAAUAACAAAAGCUGCGAAACGAGUGAAUAAAAAUAUACCGCUAUUUAACAGUUUUCCUGUAAAAACCAACUUAGGAACUGGGAUAGCGUUAAAUUUUGACAGACGUCAAAUGAAAGCAUAUUAUUAUUACCAUAAGAAUCUCCUAGGAAUCAACGGCCUCACUUCAGAGGCGCUGAUUCAGCUUUCCCUGCAUAAGAGUUGAGUUAAAACUGUUUUGUUAUCAUCCAACCCUAGAGACAAAACAAUGUUAAGGUCUUAUCAGGUAGUUCAACCCAUCACCUUGUCUAUUAUCUAUGCAUCCACCUUUUUCUUUUUUUUCUCUCUCUCGUUUUGAAAUUGGCAGCAGCUGUUCAUGUACAGGAAAAGUUCACUUCUAUUCAAAUAAUUCUAACCUAAAAACAGCUAAAAAUAAACUGCGUUCAUUUGUUAAAAAUAUAAUUAAAAUAAGCAACAAUAUCACUUAAAAUAGAAUUUAUAAUCAACCAUUAAUAGAUAAUUAUAUAAUUAACCACAAAAAGUGUUACGAAUGCUUAUAGAAAUUCAUGCAUCAUUCUAUAUACGAUCAAACAACAUAACUGAAUUUUAAAAAAUGUAUUUUUCGGCUUAAAAAAAAUUUCCGGAGAUGGUCAAGCUAAAUUGGUAUUGUGUUAAUAAAUUAUUUUGUUUA